AUGUAUAGACGAAGAACAUCUUCAUCUUCUCCAUCUACAACACCUCAAUGGAAAUAUGAUGUCUUUCUCAGUUUUAGAGGUGAUGACACUCGGAGGGGCUUUACAGACCACUUAUAUGAAACAUUGAGAGCUCAAGGAAUCAUAACUUUCAGGGAUGAGCCUAAAAUUUCGAAGGGAAAAUCUAUUUCUGGAGAACUGGUUGCUGCGAUUGAAGGAUCAAAGUUUGCACUUAUUGUCCUCUCACAAAAUUAUGCAUCCUCAACAUGGUGCUUGGAUGAACUUCUACACAUUCUUAAAUUUAUGGAAGCAAGAGAAGCAGUGCUACCAAUUUUCUAUUAUGUUGAUCCAUCUCAUGUACGAAAACAAACUGGGUGUUUUGAGAAAGCCUUUACACAACUAGAAGAAAGAUUUAGUUCAGAUGACAAAACGAAGGUGCAAGAGUGGAGAGAUGCAUUGGCGAAAGUGGCAGAUUUCUCUGGGUGGAAGGCUAAGGACUGGUAUACAUUCACUUUUAUUAUUUUCCCAAGGAAUGCAGAGAGAGAGAGAGACACAGAGGAGGAGGGGAAUGGGAGUGUUUUGUUGGAUUACAAACUACUUCAGGAGAGGAUGAGGGGGUACGAAACCUUGCUCAUCAAAGAUAUAAUCGAUGUGAUAUGGAAAAGAUUACGUUCUACAUCGUUUACUUUUGUGGAGAACUCAGUUGGAUUAGACUCAAGUAUGAACUCAAUUGAUUUAUUGUUAGGUGCAGGGGUCGAUGAUGUUCGCUUUAUAGGGAUAUGGGGUAUGGGUGGGAUAGGUAAAACAACUAUUGCCAGAGUUGUUCGCGAAAGAAUCUCUCCUGAAUUUGAAUUCAGCAUAUUUCUUGAGAAUGUCAGUGAUAAUGUUCAAAAAGGUGGUCUAAUAUCCCAACAAAGAGAAAUUCUUUCAUGGAUAUCGAUGAAAACGAUUGACAUAUUUGAUGUUCAUGAAGGAUCGACAAUGAUUAGAAGAUUACUUCGUCACAAAAAGGUUCUUCUCAUUCUCGAUGAUGUGACCAACUCAGACCAUUUAGAUUAUUUGGCUGGAAAGCAAGAGUGGUUUGGUUCUGGGAGUAGAGUUCUUAUUACAACUAGAAAUGAGCAUUUGUUAAUUGAACGUGAAGUGGAGAGAAGAUUUCAGGUCAAACGUCUAAAUCAUGAUGACGCUCUUAAGCUUUUUAGUUGGAAAGCCUUUGGAAAAGACCACCCUGAAAAAAACUAUAUUGAUUUGUCUAGCUGUGUUGUGAGUUAUGCCGAUGGUCUUCCACUAGCUCUUAAAGUUUUGGGGAGUUUUUUGCGUGGAAGACAUGUAAGUGCUUGGAACAGUGCGUUGGGUAAACUAAGAGAUCUUUGUAACACAGUUUUGGGGACACUUCAAAUAAGUUAUGAUGAUCUAGAUGACAGGGAGAAGAAAAUUUUCCUAGACAUUGCGUGUUUCUUUAACGGGGAGAAAGAAGAUCGAGUUAUAGAAAUCCUAGACAGUUGUGGCUUUUGUGCAUGUAUUGGAAUAGAUGUCCUCAUUGAGAAAUCUCUGUUAACUAAUUCAUAUGGCACUCUAUGGAUGCAUCAGUUGCUCCAAGAGAUGGGUCGUGAAUUAGUCAAUCGAGAGUGUCUUGAUGAGCCAGGAAAUCGCAGCAGGUUGUGGCGCCAUGAAGAGGGCAAGCAUGUCUUGAGCAAAAAUACAGGAACAGACGCAGUAGAAAGUAUAACCAUGGACAAAACUGGGCCAGUGGUGCACGCGGAUGCUAAAUGCUUUUCAAGGAUGAAGAAACUGAGACUUCUCAAUCUUGCUAAUGUGAACCUCUCUAAUGAUCUUGAAUAUCUCUCCGAUAAUUUACGAAGUCUUGAAUGGGAUGGGUAUCCUUCAAAAUAUUUCCCAUUACAUUUCAACCCAGAGAACCUACUAGAACUUAACAUGUGCCAUAGUCACAUUGAAUCUUUUUGGACGGGUGUUAAGCUUUUAUACAAUUUGAAAAUCUUUAAGCUCAGCCACUCUUUAAAUCUUGUCAACACCCCAGACUUUAGAGGCUUUCCAAAUCUUGAGUAUCUGAUUCUGGAAGGUUGUAUACGAUUGUAUAAGGUUGACCCAUCCCUUGGAAUGCUUGAAAGAAUUACUCAGAUAAACUUGAAGGAUUGCAAAAGUCUUGUGCAUCUUCCAAGAAGUGUGUAUGGCUUAAAAUCUGUCAAAGUUCUUAAUCUUUCUGGCUGCUCAAAGCUCGACAAGUUGCCCAAUGAGUUGGGCAAUGCAGAGUGUCUGGAGGAGCUUGAUGUGAGUGGAACUUCCGUAAGAGAACUGUCUUCCUCCAUUGUUCGGUUGAAAAGCCUCACAGUAUUAAACUUUCGUGGAUGUAAAGGACCAUCACCUAAAUUUUGGAAUUUGCUCUCCCUUUUUCAGCUAUUUCUCUCCCUUUUUCAGCGAUUUCUAAUAAGAAGUCGCGUUCCCACGCCUUUGUUGCUGCCUUCUCUAUCCGGUUUGGUUUCCUUAAAAAAACUUACUCUAAGUGAUUGCAAUCUCUUGGUAGUCCCUAAUGACCUUAGCUGCUUGUCCUCAUUAACCGACCUAGAUCUUAGUAGAAACCAGUUUGUUAGCCUACCCAACGGCAUCUCUCUACUUUCUAGACUUCAAUUUCUUAACUUGGAGUAUUGUGAGAGGCUUCAAGAAUUGCCAGAGGUUCCACAAAGAGUAAUAGCAGUUGUUAAUAACUGUAUUUCAUUAGAAAGAAUUGCCAGAGGUUCCACAGAAAAGUUCCAGUGGCUACGGUCGACACAAUGUAUCAACUGCUUCAAAUUUGCGGAGACGCACGAUUUCAGGAGUUUGGAAGUCCCUAUUAUUCAAUUUGUUGUUCCUGGAAAUGAAAUUCCCGAGUGGUUCAAUCAUAAAUCUGCUGAAUAUAUAUACCAGAAAGAGUGGUUCAAUCCUCAAAGUGUGGAGUAUCCAUUAAGCGUGGAGCUACGUCCAGGUUGGUUUACUGAAAAAUGGAUGGGAUUCGCGGUGUGCCUUGUUUUUGCAAUCCAGGAACGAUCACCUAAUUGCGACCCUGCUCUUGAUUAUCCUAGUUUUGAUUACAAUUAUACACAUAUUAUUACUUGCAAAGUGGACAUCAAUGGAAAGGAGAUGACGGCACGUAGGCGUCCAUUUGCGGUUCUUAAUGCAGAGUCGGGGCAAGCUGUGUCUGAUCACCUUUGGGUAGUCUUUUUUCCUCGUCACUUUCCUCAGUUGUGGAAGGGUAUCAGCGAUCAGAUUGAAUUGCCUUCUGGCACAGAGGGGUGGCAAGGUAUAUUUGGUCAGAUUACAUUUUCAAUUACGGCCAGAGUUGGCCAUGGAGUAAUAGUGAAGCAGUCUGCGGCUCGUCUGGUGUAUGAGGGAGAUUUGGAAGAGCUUGACCCAAGAUUUAGUUUUUCUCUCAUGGCUUGCUUUUCAACAGAUGAAUGGAAUGGAACCACAACAGCAAUGAGAGCCACCACAACUGGGACAACAAGAACGUGA